AGAAUAAGAAGUUCAAUUAAAAUUAUUGCGAAUUCUGUGAUGAAUAACGAAUAAAAUACUACACACAAACCGAAUCAACUAGAAUAUUUGUAGAAUUAUGGCAACUGAGGAUAAUCGUUUGGUGGAGCAAAUAAAUACAGUAGAAAUAAUAAAGGAUGAAAAUAAAAUCAAGUCGAAAACCAAAGAAACCGUCAUCGAUUUGCUUCCACAGCUCAUAGCGAGUUGUUUAAUGUAUUUUCUUGUAAUUCAAGCUGGCAUUAGUAUGUCGUUUUCUUCCGUGUUAAUAACACAAAUAGCUGACAAUGGAGAGAUAGAACUGAACACAAAUUCUGCAUCAAUCAUUGCAAGUAUUUGGAGCUUGUCAUUACCAUUAGGAGCACUAUCAUCUGGCUUUCUCAUGGAUGGAUUUGGACGAAGAAAAACAGGACUUUUUAUUUGUUUUCCAUUCACGAUUUCAUGGCUCAUAAUGAGUUUCGCUGAGAAUGUAACAAUGAUUUAUGUGGCGAGAAUAAUUUCUGGAAUCACUGCCGGUCUAACGACCUGUUCAGUAGUUUAUGUUGCAGAAAUUAGUUCGAAAACUACAAGAAGUGGUCUUCUUUGUAUGAAUUCAGUUUGGGUAUCUUUUGGGAUUUUUCUAACAUAUUUCUUGAACUAUUUUAAUCUUCAUUGGAGAACGAUAGGCUACGUCUAUGCUUUAAUGUCAUCACUUUGUUUUCUGGCUAUUUUCGUUGUACCUGAAUCACCGCAAUGGUUGCUUGUAUUUAAUAAAAAGGAAAAUGAUGAAAGAAAGAGAGAUCAAGUCAAGUCAACAUUUUCUUGGCUGUACAGAAAGCAACAAAUUUCUGAAGUUCACUACAACGACUUGAUAAGAUCUAAUGAAAUAAGAGUCGUGGAAGCAGUUGAUGAAAAUGAUACAAAUUGGCUUAGAAAUAUCAAACGACCACAGGUGUACAAACCUUUUACGAUUUUGUUCUUCUUAUUCUUGUUACAACAGUUGUCUGGUGGAUACGUGUUGAUAUUUUACACUUUAAACAUAUUUCGAAACCUUGGAGCGAAGUUCUUGAAUAGUAUAGAUGAAAGAAUGGCUUUAGUACUUGUUGGAUCUAUUCGGCUAGUUAUGGCCAUAAUCGCUGCAGCACUCGCGCAGAAAUGUAAUCGAAAAAUUUUACUUUAUAUAUCUACGAUGGGAAUGGGAAUUUUUGCAUUCAUUGCAUCGUCUCAAAUGCUAAAUGUUGAAGACUCAGCGCAUUCACUUUUUCUUCGUCAUGACAACAAUGUAACAUCUGAUUCUUUAUCUUCAUCAUCAGCUAGUAAUUACAUUUUGCUGCUUUGCGUUCUGAGCUACAUGUUGUUCGCAUCUGUUGGAAUUCUGAUUAUUCCAUGGACUUUAAUUUCUGAACUUUACUCGAUUAAGUACAAGGCUACAUUUGGAGGAACUUCAGUUGCAGUUGCUUACAUUCUUAUGUCGAUUGUUUUAAAAAUAUUUCCUUUUGCGUUGGAAACUUUCAGUAUUUCAAUCAUUUUCGCUAUUUUCGGUGGAGUGAGCCUGACAACUGCAAUUUUUAUUUAUUUCUAUUUGCCAGAGACUCAUCGUAAGACAUUCGCUGAAAUUGAACAAAGUUUUAUGGGUGUUAAGGACAAUUAAGGGACUUUUCUUUACCUUUGGUGAUAACAUGGAACUAAAGUGCACUCGUACAAUGAAGAUUUUAAUUAUUAAGUUUUUAAAGGAACAAACAUUAAAAUUAAUUUUAAUUUGCUAGAGUAGCAAGUUGUUAGAGAAAAUGACUAAAACAGUAAUAAAAAAGAUAUUUAAA